AUGACCAAGGCCACCGAAACCGCUUUUUUCUUUGUGGCUCUAAUUGCCGUGUACGCCGCUCUGUGGUUCGGCUUCAUUCCUGUCGGCGAGAAGAUCCGACAGGAGAUUGUGCCUCUGCUGCCUUUCUGGACCAUUGUUUCGUUUGGCUCUUAUUCUCUGGGUACUCUGGGCUGGGAUAUUCUGUCCUUCAACGACAAGCCCGAGAAGUACGCCGAGCUGAAGGAGGUGAGUAGGAGAGGAGAGGUGACAAGGUUGCAUUUCGUUGCGAAUAUGUGCAGUGCAAGUGUGACGUCCUGGAUGGAGAUGAAGUGCCGGAGUGGAUACGGAGUAUCACUAUACCAGAGUCGUGCCAUUGUGUGUGAUUUUGAGAGGGUUAAACUGUGGUGA